AUGCUGUCUGUCGCCAAGAUUGCCACCCAACUCGGCCAGGAGGCAACCCUAUACACUGUCUCUGCAUUGAUCAUCUUCGCCUUACUGUCAAUCGCGGUACUUAAAUGCGCCUACCGACUCUUGCUUCAUCCUCUUCGUCGUGUCCCCGGACCCUUUGUCGCCAGAAUAACCGACUUGUAUUUCUUUCCAUCCACCUUUAAAUGCGACCGAGUCUAUGUCUUGCGACGCCUGCACGAGAAAUAUGGCCCCAUCGUACGUGUUGGGCCCAACGAGGUCUCGCUAUCCGACUGGAGAAUGUAUCGCCGAAUAUACACAAACAAGCAAGCCCUAAAGGAUCCCAAGUUCUACUCGCCAUUUUCUUUCCUCGGACAUGGGAACGUCUUUUCCGUUACUACCAGCAACGCCGUAGACCAUUCUUCACGCCGAAAACUUCAAGCAAAGACUUACUCUCAACAAGAAAUCGCUUCGCACGCCUCCAGCAUCUUGCAGAGGACGGAUGUUCUAAUCGAUCGCCUCCUAAAGUCUGCCUCAGACUCUCCUACAAGCACAGCGAAUGCCUACGACCUGUUCGGAGCAUGGGGCCUCGAAAUUAUAUGCAAGCUUCUUGUAGAUGCCGACAUUCCCGACGACCCAGGCCAGACCAUUCACAUGCUCGAAGCGCUCGAGGCAAGCCCUCCUACGUUCUUUGCCAACAUCCUAUUCCCUUGGCUUCCGACAUUCAGGUUCAAGACCAGCCUACCUGGAAUUCUUGGACAUGCUUAUCGGGCCUUUGAUGAAUGGGAGAGGCUCACUAUUGGCAUGUUGAAGGGCUACGAAAGCCAAGAGCGAGACCCUGGCGACAAAAAGCAAUUCGGUGUGACCCCUCUUCUCGAGGCAAACAAUAAACACCUCGGGCGAAGUUAUCACUUCCGCGAAGCGCUGGAAGAAGCUAUGGGCAUCGUUCUGGCAGGCAGCGGGGUUAGUGGACACACCUUUAUCUACUUGAUCUACGCUCUGGCGCUUCCUCAAGGAAGACGAGUUCAAGAGACACUACGGGAAGAGCUCAAGGGAGUUGGUGACUCUUUAUCGGAGCUGAUGGCCUUGCCUUACCUUUCAGCGGUCAUCAAGGAGACGUAUCGGGUGUAUCCAGCCAUCAUGUCGACUCUCCCACGAAUUCUGGGCGAGCCGCUGGAGGUUGCCGAUACCGACCUUACACUUCCUCCUGGAACCGUCGUCGGCAUGCAGAACUAUGUGCAUCACCGAGAUCCAAUACUCUUCCCCAAGCCGGAUGAAUUCAUCCCAGAGCGUUGGCUUGAAGGCCACAAGAUGAGCCAGGGCAUCAAUCUCGACGACGCCAACGCCGCCUUGACGCCCUACAGUGUAGGAUCGAGGAACUGCAUGGGGCAGACACUUGCGAAAACAGAACUUUACCUCUCAGUUCCCCGCCUGGUGCGGCGGCUCGACUUUAGGUUGAGUAGUAAAAUGAAGCCGGAUGACAUGCAUAUGAAGGAUUUAUGGGCAGUUCAGCCCAAGGGACGACGACUUUUCUUGGAUGUCAAGCCUGUGGAUGGGCAGUGCAAUGCAACUCAACAGUAA